UAAUUGCUUCCAAUACAAGCCCCUCCCACUGAGCUGAGUUUCCAUAACGACCACACUCAAGUGACCAAUGAAAGAGCAGGAAUGUGACUCUCACGUGAUCGUCCACAUUUCUCAUCCCCAAGAGAGAACUGAGCUAAAGAGUAGCUGCCAUCUUUAUCCUGACGACACACAGCGACCGGGACGGGUCCUCCUCACUAAGAUGGCGUCUGAUUCGGAACCGGAGAUAAACGUGGAGGAGGUUGUGGAGAAUAUAGCCGUCUCGGGGUCCGUGGAAGAUGGCGUGGAAGUUGAGACUAUCCUCCAGGGCCAAUCCGGCGGGCCAGGAGAUCUCGACUAUAUUGUACAAGAAGAGGUCGAAACGACUACAGAGAAUGUUUUAACUACUACAGAAGUCAUAGAUCCGGUGGAUAACGUCAUCAUAGCUCUCCAGAACACGGACCAGCAAGAUGACGGGAUGCCAGGCGGUUCCUCUGCCGAGUACAACACUCCUAACGAGGAAGGAAGCGACCACGAGGUCAUGUCCUCUAGGAAGAGACGCUCUGCUGCUUCCUCCUCUCGCUCCAACCCGAGGAAGAAGAGCCGGAAGGGACGAAAAGGUGCGAGAUUCGUGUCGCGUCGUAACCCCAUCCCACUUGCCACGUCACAGAGCGUCAAAGACUCGAAAGAAGCAAACGAAGCGAGUUUUGAUCCAGCCAAGACCCCACGCCGGUGGUUGCAGCGUAAAGUGCCCAUAAAAACGCUAGACGGAGGAGAGUUUUCCGUCAAUAUUUGGACUACAGAUCAACGAAAGCAUCUCUCGGAACAAAAAGAACCUGAUUUUUACGAGUACACAAGAGGGCGUAAGAUACCCCCUGAGGGCAUACCGGGGUUCGAUUUCUCAGACCCUGAAUCCAUAGUAGAGUUUACUAAGUCUACAAGAAAAAUGAGACUCCAGAAGAAAGAUGAUGGAAUGGAUCGUACUAUUCCCUGCCCUCACAAAGGUUGCAAUAAGUUAUUCCGUGACAAUGCUGCCAUGAGGAAGCACCUUCAUACUCACGGUCCCAGAGUCCACGUGUGUGCUGAGUGUGGCAAAGCUUUUGUGGAGAGCUCUAAACUCAAGAGACAUCAACUGGUCCACACAGGAGAGAAACCAUUUCAAUGUACAUUUGAGGGCUGUGGUAAGAGGUUCUCUCUUGAUUUCAACCUGAGGACUCACAUUAGGAUUCACACUGGCGAUCGUCCCUACGUGUGCCCGUUUGAUGGUUGCAACAAGCGCUUUGCCCAAUCAACGAAUCUCAAGUCACACAUGCUCUCACAUGCCAAGCAGGCAAGAAAUCAGACUAAAGGUAGCCCUCCUGCUUCAUCUGUUCUCUCUGCUUCCCCAACUCCAUUGUCUAUUGCUGUAUCUCCUGUCAAGUCUUUCAUUACAGCUGUCACUGCCGCUCCCAUUGCUGGAGCCAAGAUACCCCUCUCCGGUGGACAUUUGACCAUCUCUACAAUCGGAGGUGGCUUAGUGCAGCUUCCAUUCACUACAGUGACAACACAAGAUGUCAGUCCUGAUCCUCAAGAGCUCACAUUAGACACUUCUUCAUCAGGUGAAAUGGCUAUACAAGCUCUUGACAUAAGUACGAAUUUACCAAGUACUCUGGCCGAGGGUCUCUCAGCUGCAGGGACUUUGGACUCGAUCCUUGAGCCAAUUGGGGUCAGCAGCACAACUCCAUCAACUGAGAAUGUGGUUGAAUCAAAGAUUGACAUAAUUUCAUAGUUUGUUGUGAUGCUAUUGUCUCAUGCUCUCUCUUCUCAAAAUAAUGACACCCUAAUGCAUCAGUACACACUCACACACACACACACACACACACUUAUACUGUACACCAUCACAAUGUAUCUUUCACUGUCUCUCCUUUCUCAUUCUUGUAAUACCAACUUUGAAUUUUUGGAAAAAAUUUAUACUUCAAAAUUGAA